AUGGCAACUGCUCAUGGAUCUACCACUCACCUUCCAACAGGGCCGAUGCCUGCCACGGCACCAAUAAGUGCAGAUGAAUUGAAAGAAUAUGAGCGCAUUUUGAAAAUCAGCGAUGAGAUUUUCGCUGGCUCUCACCCACGUCUCAAGGUUCCCCAGCAGUUUGUACGCAAACCUGCGGCGAGGAGUAGCCAAAAUGGCCCUUCAGCCCAACAGGUAAUGAAAAGCAGACCUGCCGGGAUUCCUGCAGACAACGUACCACUAGCCAACAUGGCACAGCGCCCCCAAAGCUCACAGGCUUCUUCCGCAACAGGCAAUGCGCCGGCGACAUCGGUUCUAAACGCUGCAGCACCCGCCUUUCGAAUGGCAUCCAAACCCACCUCGGAAAUUGAUCCUAUCUUUUUGACCAAGUCGGAUGAUCUCGUUCGGGCAGAAAUACAGUUGCAACGACAAAGGGUGGAAAGGACACUACGGGAUCAGUUGGAGCAGAAGAAGCAUGACUCGAAACAGAAACCUGCGAUCCAAGACACAAAACCGGACUUUGAUGUCUCGGAUGUUUUAGAUCGUGCACUCGAGAUCGUGCGACCUGUCUCACUAAGUGAUCCCUCCGAAGUCAUUGGGCCAAACGACUCUUUUGAUGAAAACUCCUUCUACUCCAGUAGAGCACCUGACUCGCCUCCUCAGCCCGCUGGGGGCCUCCGAAAGCCCUCUCCAGUGGCUCCGGCUCAGCCCGUGGGCGCUGUCCCACAGGUCCCGGUAGAUCAUUAUGCAGAUGAGUUGCAACGACUAGAAGCUCUAAACCGACCGGGAUCUGAUCAGGAAAUGCAUGAUGCUUACCCUGUUGUUGACCAGGGCGCCCCUAAUCAUCCAAAGCCAACAUCCUCUGUUCAACCCAAAGUCCCCGGUCAUCUCCAUGAGCUGGAGGGAACGGAUGCACUCGAGGAACCGGAAUACUCUCCACCAGCACCAGAGGCACCCCUAACUGAUCCACGAGACUACGAGCGCAUUGCAAUCGGUGAUGAUCGAGGCAGAUACACCCACCAAAUACCGGGUAUGCAUGGCGUGAUUUCACCUGCGAACAAUGUGAAGGUAGUUCGGAAUCAUAUCACUUCCCCAGCUGCCCCUCGGCCGUCGCGAGUGUCGCCUUUGGCGACUGCCAAAGUCCCCUCGGCUCAACAGCUUCGGGGCGGACGGGCCGAGCGCAGAUCUGAACAGGUGUACUCGGACCCUGACUCUGGUCGUGCUAGCCCCAGUGGCCCAGCCCCUCAAAUCAUGUCCCGCAAGCGAAGAAAGUUACAUGGGAAAGAAGACACCCGCCUGGUCUCUCACAAAACUCAAACUGCUGGACCCUCCGAUGCAUACAUUAAAGAAGAACCGGUCUCACCACCGCCUUUUGCUGAUGAUCCGGCUGUGAUGCCGAGUCGGCAACCUCAAGAACGGCCGGUGUAUAUUGACAUUGAGUCACCACAAUACACCCCCGUGGUCGAGAGGCAUGAGUCUAUGCGGGGCCCCGUCUACGAGUCGAAUCCUUAUCAUGAGAUUCCCGCCGAGCAAAGAACACACCGGGAAUUGUCUCGUCUGGGUGACCGGCGAGUGGUUCGUGACGACACCGACCUGCGACGUGUCGCUACGAUGCAGUAUGCCAGACCACCUGAAUAUCAUCGUGGCUAUGCCGAGGCCGAUCCCCGUGGUGUCCGAGCUGCAUCUUAUGCAGUUGUGGAAAGGUUGCCUCAAGAGCGAUCUAGAUACUAUGAGGAAGUUCCCUCUUCAUAUGGACCUCGUUACGUCACCGUGGAUGAUGAUCAUCGGCCUGCAUAUCAAGAUCCAUAUUACGAAGAGCACCCACCGGUACGCGUCAUGGCUGCACCCGAGCGCCGCUAUGUGGUUGAUGAACACGGUAAUCGCUUCGAGAUGGUCCCAGCCCCUAGGAUGCAGCCUAUGGCGCCGCCUCCGAGACCAAUGUCACGAGCCCCAAAGGCCGAUGUAUACGGUGAUCACGUUUCCGUUCGUACAGCCAGUGUUCGAGCCGCUUCCGUCGUACAGGAUCCCUACGGUGACCACAGAUACGUGCAGGAGAUGCCUCCACCCCCGCCAACAUACAGAAGAGUGAUUUCGGACUAUGCUCGCCCGGGCGCCGGAGAACGUAGAGCGUACGCAACACCCUUGGAAAAUCACGACCCAUACGCUCCGAAUGAAAGCGUGCAACUUGCCGAAUACGUUCCUCGUCGACCGCCAUACGUAGAGGAGCAUGCCCCACCUCUAGACAGAGUCAUUCGCACUACAAGUGUACGGCCACAACAGGUUCGAUACGAAGAGCCCAUGGAAGUUGUCCAGCGAGUCAACAGUGUUCGUCCCGGCGGACCUAGUCGCGAAGUGAGCGUCUUUGUGGAGGAUCGGCAACGGGCCGAGUACGUUGAACGACCCUACUACGUACGGGAGCAACGAUAUUACGAAGGUGAUGAUGGAAAUCGCAUGGCGUUGGAUGGGCCCGCGGAUCCGGUUCGACAUGCCCAGUCGCGCUACUAA